AUGACAGUCCGAUCAUCCACUGAUGUGGGAUCAAUCUCACGAGUCCAAAUCGCAAAGAAAUCCAUGUGGCAGUCAAUCGCCGACAACCCCAAAGUACUCGCCAUUGCCUUCUUCGCCUCUUUCGGUGGUUUCGAGUAUGGCUACCAACAAGGUGUCCUCGGCCAGUCCCUGGUCAUGACCCGCUUCACAGAGAACUUCCCAACAGUAGUAGCCUCAUCUACCGCAACAGGCUGGCUAACCUCCAUCCUGCAAUUGGGCGGUGUCGUCGGCUCCCUGGCAGCCGGUAUCCUGGGCGAAGUCUACUCUCGCAAAUACACAAUGUUCUUCGCCUGCUGCUGGGUCAUUCUCGGAAGUUACCUGUACAUCGGCGCGACGGUCGGCAACCCGGCCAUGUUGUACGCGGGCCGAUUCUUCACCGGCCUUGGCGUCGGCUUGUUCAGUGGUGUGGGGCCUCUCUAUAAUGCCGAACUCGCAGCACCCGAAAUGCGUGGUCUGCUCGUCUCUUUCUACCAGCUCGCUACCAUUCUCGGAAUCAUGAUUUCUUUCUGGGUUGGCUACGGUAGUAACAAUAUCGGUGGUACCGGGGCUGAUCAGUCCGAUCUUGCUUGGCGUUUGCCUUCGAUUAUUCAGGGUAUCCCUGCUAUUGCGCUUGCUUGUGGUAUUUGGUUUAUGCCUUUCUCGCCUCGCUGGCUGGUUAAGCAAGGUCGGGAUCAGGAGGCCCAGGACACUAUCGCUUGGAUGCGGAAGCUCACUGUUGAUCAUGAGCUCGUCCAGAUGGAGUACCUUGAGAUCAAGGCUGAGGCUGUGUUCGAGGAGCGUGCCUUUGCUAUUGCUUCGCCGAAGCUUGCCGACAAGGAGAAGAAGAGUGUCUUCAUGAACCAGAUCGUGCAGUAUACCAACUGCUUCCGCUCGAUGGAUAACUUCAAGCGUGUUUGCAUUGCUUGGUUGAUUAUGUUCUUCCAGCAAUGGAGUGGUAUCGAUGCUAUUAUUUACUACGCUUCAAAUGUCUUCGUCAGCCUCGGACUGACCGGCGGUACCAUUGCUCUUCUUGCAACCGGUGUGACUGGUGUCGUUUUCCUCAUCAGUACCAUUCCCGGAAUGUUGAUCAUCGACAAGGUCGGCCGCAAGCCCAUGCUCCUGGGUGGAUCGCUGGUCAUGCUCAUCAGCAUGGUUAUCGUCGGCGUGAUUGUGGCCAAGUUCCAACACGACUGGCCUAACCAUGUGGCAGCCGGCUGGACCGCUGUUGCUUUGAUCUGGCUCUACAUCGCAGGCUUCGGCGCCACCUGGGGCCCUGUCUCAUGGACCCUCGUUUCCGAGAUCUUCCCUCUCUCCAUUCGCGCAAAGGGUGCCUCUAUCGGUGCCUUCAGCAACUGGAUCAACAACUUCGCUAUCGCCUUCUUUGUCCCCCCUAUGCUUCAGAACUGGGAGUGGGGUACUUACAUCUUCUUCGCUGCUUUCCUUGCCUGCGGGAUGGUCUGGGUUUGGUUCUUCUUGCCUGAAACCAAGGGAGCAUCAUUGGAAGAUAUGGAUCGUGUCUUUAAUAGCAAAGCCGGCGAGCAGGACGCUGAGCUUCUCCGUGAAGCACAGCGCGAUGUUGGCUUGACUGCGUUCCUUGCGCGUAUGUCCGGAAAUGGCGGCGACCUCGAGAAAAAUCAGGAGUCGCAGUAUAUUGAGAAGGUUUAA